UUUGCACACACAUUUUGCCGCGUGCUCAUCAAAAUUUACAUAGAAACCAACACCAAAACAAGCAGCAACAACAACAACAACAACUACAACAACAAUAGCAACAACAACAACAACUGCUGAAUGGCAAGAAGGGGCACAAGAAGAGGUCCCUGGUUAACUGCUGACCCAGCCGAGCUUACGACUUUAGAUGUGCGCGUUGUGCCACACGUGGAAUAACAAGUUGAAGCUGCCUCGCUGCACGCCACGCCCACAAAGUGCUGCAAAAAGAAGAAGAAGAAGAACACAACAAAUUUGUAUACAACAAAAGCGAAGAACUUUAGUGAUAUGGAACUGUGCAUAGCAACAAAGUCAAAAGUAGCUCAAAGUUCAAUGCAUGAAAGCAACUAUCACAAUAAUAAUUAUAACAGCAACAACAAGAAGAAGAACAGCAGCAGCAGCAGCAGCAGCAGCAAAAGCCACAAAAGAUGCCACCAAAAUCAAAUGAAUACUCAAUUGAAUACUCAACUAUACAGCCACAAAUGCCACAUGCAACACAGAGAUCGAGACCACCUGAAAAAGCAACAACAAAACCAACGAACAAAUACACACAAUAGCAAAAACAACAACAAUAAGCACAACAAUUGCUAUCCACCUUGCCACAAAAUUUAUCAACUGCUGCCGCUGCUUUUGCUGCUGCCGCUUGCUGUGGCAUCUCCGGGCAGCGGCAGCAGCAGCCGGCGCGACGCUCUGCUCGCCUACUACAAGCGCGCCCAGCUGCGCGAGAGCUUGAGCCUUGGCGUUCCUCCGGAGUUCCAGCUGCGCGAGGCGAACGGUUUCGAUUUUGAGGAGCUGUCGCCUGUGGGCAGCGUUGUGUCCGCGCUAAGCAAUGCCGAGCGUUUGCGCAAGCGCAGUCCCACAACAACAACAACAACAACAACAGCAGCGCAACACACAACAUCAGCAGCAGCAGCGGCAACAACAGCGCCCGCAACACCAGCAGCAGCAAUAACAGCAACAGCCUCAGCAGCUGGCAGCAAAAAGCCAGAAAAGUGCGAGCCCAAGGUGCUGGAGACUGUGCCCGAUGAGCCGUAUUACGACUUCACCGAGAUUGCCGAGGUGGCUGCACGCGAAUUCACUGAAUUCCUAUCGAAUAAAUUUCCAAAUGCCAACACGCCGAUUGCCAUAGAUGAGCCGACCCGCGAGGAGGUGAGCCGGCGGGCCAAUGGCAUUGCCAGCAAUGCCCUCAACGAGGAUGACAAUCUGUUGGCCUUUGCCAUCGCGGCGCCCAGCAUACACACAGUUGUUGUCAAAUUCAGGGACAAUGUGACGAUACCACCGAAUCAGGUGCACAACAAGGCUUACUUGGGUUCCUAUUGGCGGGAAUUGGGGGCCGCCUGGAACAGCAGCGAUGGCACCAAGGAGUGGGGCGCGCCCUUUCGUGACUGCAACCUUUUGACGGGGCGCUGGCUGUGGCCAUUUCGCAUAUCAUUCACCGAGCACCGAAUCAAAAUUGUUGCCGCUGCAUUUAUAGCCGCCGAUGAGGAUGUGUGCAACGACGGCCUGGAGGAGGUCUUCGGACGGCGUCACGGCUGCGAUCGGAACACCACAUUUUGCCUGCUGACCGAAACGAAGCCGCCGGCCACACGUGAUGUGUACACGUGUUUGUGCCGCGAAUCCUAUUACCUGCCCAAUGGGACGCUGCAGGGUUUUCCCGGUGAUCUGGUGGAGCUAUCCGAGGGCUAUGACAAUUACUCGUGUCUGCCCUGUCCGGGUGGCUGCAGCAAUUGCGACAUGCACGGCGUAUGCCUCAACUUUCAGGAGGAGGAUGCGCUCAACAUAGAUGCCUGCCUGCGUCUCCUGGUGGCCAUUGUCCUGGCCGCCUGCAUUCUGUGCUGUGUGGUGCUCAGCGUGAUCGUGUUCCGGCAGCGCAAGUGCAAGGCCAUUGCCUCGGGCAUGUGGACCGUGCUGGAGACUAUUCUGCUGGGCAUUGUUUUACUUUAUGCAUCGGUUGCCGUCCAUUUCUUUCCCGCCUCCACGGAGCGCUGCCUGCUGGAGCCCUGGCUGCGCGAAAUUGGCUUUAUUACGUGCUAUGGUGCGAUCAUAUUGAAGCUAUAUCGGCAUCUGGUGGACUUUCGCACCAGGAAGGCGCAUCGCUGGGUGCUGCGCGAUGUCGAUCUGCUCAAGUAUCUGGGCACCAUGGUGUUUGCCGUUGUCUGUUAUAUGUCCGCAUUUACGGCCUCGUCGCUGGACCUGCUCGAGAGCGCCCAGCUGGAGAGUCUGCGUGAGGCCAGCACCAACACUUGCCAUCCCCUCAAAUGGGAGCUGGUGACGCAGACCAGCGAGAUGCUCAUUCUCUGCUUUGGCCUACAUCUGGCCAUUGCCAGUCGCAAUGCCAAUACACAGUUUCGGGAGCGUCAAUUUCUGGUGACAACGUUGACGCUGGAAUUUUUGGUGUCAUCCAGUUUCUAUUUUCUGCGCUUCGUCUAUUUGCCGGAAAUGAGUCCCAGCGCCAUUUUGUUGGCGCUAUUUGUGCGCUCGCAGCUGACAAAUAGCUUCGCCUUGGGUUUGAUAUUUGUGCCAAAAUUGUGGUAUCAACACAAGCAGGGUACCUCACACGAUGCCGGGCAGCGCCUGGGCGGCGGCUAUGCGGGUCUGUGCCUCGGCGAUCCGGAUAUCGGUGAGCUGACCAUAUCCGAAAUGAGUCCCGAGGAUAUACGUGCCGAACUCAAAAGACUGUACACACAACUGGAGAUUUUGAAGAACAAGACACUGCGUCAGGAUAAUCCGCAUAUUAGCAAAAGGCGCGGCGGCCGCAAGGCGGGACAUCGUCGCUUCUCAUUGCAAAAAAAGGGCAGCAAAGAUAAGGCUUUAAGUGCCAAACAUCGCAGCAAUAAGCAUCAUCAGGAUAUUGAAAUAACCGAAGCGGAACCGUCGCGCACGCCCGAGGAUUCAGUUUGCAGUGCGGAGGGACCGACAGAUACCUAUGCCGAAAUAUCGGGCAUAUCGCAUUCAAUGCUAUCCCAUUCCAUGGUCUCCCACUCCGUUGUCUCGCACUCGAAGUAGGCGCUCCAACCAUGCGGCCAUACUGUACAUAACUCAAGCAAACUAGAUAUAUGCUAUAUAUAUACAUAUAUAUAUAGAUACGUGAAUGUAUGUAACUGAGAAUUAGGUGCAGCAUUAUAACAAAUAGCGCAACAACACAAACAAUAAAAGAAUUACUUUAAUUUUU